GAUUGGAUUUGGCAGCCGUCUUCCCAUGCUCAGCUUUCACUGCUCAACGAUAAUGACCGAAAACAAGCACCGGGCGGUGGGGGGAAAGCCUUUUGUUGUUCGCUUUCAGAGGUUUUAGAUGCGGCUCUGUGUGCUGGUCUAUAAUUGGAUCCGACAUGCGGCGCGUAAAGAGGAUAUGAGAGGUUAUUACAGCAGGUAAAAGCUUCAAAUAGGAUGCGGGUCGUCGCGAGGCAGGUGGGUCGGUUGUUUAUCUUUCUUGUUGCUCGGCUCGUGGUCCCCCCAGGCGCAUGUAAACAAGCCCGCUGGUUUCGACGCGCACCGAUACUGACUGACCGGAUAGACUGUCUGUACAGAAACCAGGAAGUCAACAUGAGCACCCUCUCCACUGAUAGGAAGCCACUUGUGGACUAUGGUGUUCAGAUCCGCUUCAUCAAGGAUCUCCAUGACACAGGCGGAGGUUAUCCUGAAAAAUCCAAAGGAAACAUCAGUGCAACUCCUCCCUCUAGUAAAUACGGGGUGGCAGUGCGGGUUCAGGGGAUCUCUGGGCAGCCUUAUGUGGUCCUGAAAGAUGGUGAGAAAGGUGACUCGUAUGGCGUUCAGCUAAACACUCCGACCCCCAGCUCAGGGCCACCCUCACCCUACAACAGCCUCCCCAAAAGCAAAGAACCAGCAGAAUUCACAAACCCCUACGGUGCUCCUAUAAAUACAACUCGCUCCCCUGUUUCUCCAGCAGAGGAUGAGGAUGGGGAGAUUUUCGGGAGCCCUCUUAAAAGACCCCCGGGGGACGGGCAAGCAGGAACUCAAGGGGAGGAGGAGGGCGGGACUGGCAGAGGAGGACAGGUAGAGAGGUCAACACCUGAACCCCAACUCAAAGCAACAGCCAGUGAAGCGGAGAAAAAUAAAGAUCGGACUAGUAAUGAGGAGUAUAAUGAGGCAGGGUUAAAACCGGUCAAAAUAAACGGUGUGGGAGCCCAAAGGGUCAAACAAAACGGCGUGGGUUUUACUGGCUCUCUGGGACGAUACAGUGGGAAAAAACAAAGUACAGCGUCGCCUUUAGAGUCGUUCCCUGAGCCUCCAGCGUCAACUGAUGAAAAUCCUGCCCCAGCAAUCGACACCAACUCCCUGGCUCCCAUCAACAAGCUCAUCAGCAAGUUCAACAGCGGAACACCGGGCAGCGCCCCGCAGACCAGAGGCCGCCCGGGAGCGAGGCAGCGGCUCAGGUUUGACGAACGCAGGAGGUCCAGAAGUCUUGAUGCCCGAAAAGAUGUUCAGCCUGAGGUUUCCCUUCCCUCUCCCACCUCUCCGACUCUGAAUCCCUACGCCUUUCCUCUGUCUUCUUCCUCUAAUUCGUUGGCAUCAUCUGCCCCAGCGAGCGGUAGCCUGGGAAGGAGCCCUGCAUCUGUUGUCAAGGUGACGGCACAAGAGGCCCCCAAGCCGAGCUUUAAGUCACCAGGGAAGUUUGUUGCCAAGGACACCCCUCCAGCUGUGGCAAAAAAGCCAGAGAUACCUCCGAGGAGUUUCAGUCAAAACAAAGAGGUUAUCAGUGCGGAGGAAGCUCAAGUUAAGCAAAUUGUUUCCAACUCCCUCAAAGAGAGCCCCAGUGAGAGUGAGGGAUCCCUCAAAAGACAGGUCAACAGUGUCUAUGAGACAACUGGCAGUUUAAAGAGGGGAGGAUCUGAUGGGAACCAGAAAAAGGGAAACCUUGAGGAGCUCCAGGAGAAACUCAGACUCUGCAUGAAAGACUUGCAACAGGCCCAUGAUGAGCUAGCCGAGGAGCGUAUGGCCAGAGAGGGGGCCGAGUCUCGUUUGCGCCUACAAGAAGAUCAGCUAGCUGAACUUCAAGAGGAGCUGAGGAGGGUUUCAGAAAACUCACCUCACUCAGACUCACUGGAGACGGAUGUGAUGACUCUGCAGGCAGACCUGGCCGAAGCUACCAUGUUGCGUCAGCGCCAGGACGACACACUACGCCAGCGGGAACGGGAGCUGACGGCCCUGAAGGGGGCGCUGAAGGAGGAGGUGGAGUGCCAUGACAGAGAGAUGGAGGCUCUGAGGGAGCAGUACAGCCAGGACAUGGAGAACCUGAGAAGAACCAUGGAGCAGGUCACACAGUCCCAGGAGCAGAUCGAAGAGGAGCGGGAGAGGGUGAACGCCUCCAUACUGACCCUGGAGGAAGAGCUGGACAGCUGCAGAGAUCAGGGAGAGCAGUGGAAGACGCAGCUGGAAGUGACCGCAAAGGAGCUGGACAGCACCAGAGAGGAGAACGGGAAGCGCUUCAGCGGUCAAAUGCUGCUGAAAUCUCGUCAGGAGAAGGAGGAAUUUGAGGGUGAGCUGAAGGAUCUUCAGGAUUCGCUGCUCGCCAUGAAGAAAAAAAUGCCUGCGUCUGAUGAUAACAGUGCUUUAGCAGAGGAGCUUCAGCGUUGCCAUGACGAUCUGAAGCGGGCCCGCGCCGAUCUGGACAAACAAAAGAGCGAGUUAGACGCGAAGAGCACAGCACUUCAAGCCCUGAAGAAAGCAAGUGGAGAGCGGGAGGCCGAGCUGCUGUCGGAGAUCAGCGGGAUGAAGGAGCAGUCGCAGAAAGACAAGGCCGAGCUGGAAAAGGCGCUCGAGAAGGCAAAGGAGUCGUCAGCUUCUUCAGGAAGGACAGCGGUGGACACCAACCUGGAGCUCCAGGAGGCAAACACUCGCCUCAGAGAGAGGCUGGCCCGCAUGACGAGGCUUCACUCCAGUGUGUCCAGGAGCGCAGACACCGAGGAGGUGGUGGAAGCCCUGGAGGAUGAGAACCGCUCCCUGAAGUCUCAGCUGGAGGAGGCCAAGAGAGGAUCCACCCGCCUGAGCAAAGAGAGGGACGAGCUGACCCGACGCCUGGAGGAGAGGGACCUAGAGAGAGAGGCGCUACGAAGGGGCAAGAGUGACCUGGAGGAGCAGAAGAGGCUGCUGGACCGAGCUCUGGAGAAGAUUAACAAAGAGAUGGAGAUGAUGAUGGGGGACUCUCGUCAGUCAGUGGCCACCUUGCAAACACAACUUGACGAGUACAGGGAGCGCUCGAGGAAGGACUUGCUGGAGGCUCAACGCAACAACAAGGACAGGCUGGCUGAGCUUCAGAGAGCUCAGAGCAACCUCAAGGCCCAGCAGGAGGAGGUUUCUCGUCUGAAGAAGGAGCUACUGGUGUGCAGCGAGGAGAGAGACAGUGCCCAGUUGGAGAGAGACCUUCUUAACAACCGUCUCAAACACUUGGAGAGCGAACUAGAAACGGAGAAGAGCACCUACACUGACCGCACCAGGGAGGUCAGGGGCCUGGAGGAUAAAAUAAAGACACUGGAGAUCGAGCUGGAUGAGGAGAGAAGCAGUGUGGAGCUUCUGAAUGACCGCAUCACACGCAGCAGAGACCAGGUGGACCAGCUUCGUUCAGAGCUGAUGCAGGAGCGUUCGGCAAGACAUGACCUGGAGAUGGACAAGAGUGCACUAGAGAGACAGGUGAAGGAGUUAAAGUCUCGCGUGGCGGACAUGGAGGGACAGACUCGUCCCUCAGCUGGGAUCACUCUGCUGGAAAACAAAAUUCAGGAGUUGGAGGAGAGGCUGCGCAGUGAGGAAAGAGAGAAAAGCAGCAUCCAGGCCUCUCAGAGACGAAUGGAGAGGAAACUGAAGGAGCUGAACGCCACACUAGACCAGGAGAGAAACCAGCAUGUUGAGCAGAGAGAUCAGCUGUCUCUGCGUGUGAAGGCCUUGAAACGGCAGGUGGACGAGAGCGAGGGAGAGGUGGAGCGUCUGGAGGGGGUCCGCCGUAAGGUCCUCAGAGACUUGGAGGAGCAGCAGGAACUACAGGAGGCACUGCAGGCCAAAGUCACAGCGCUGGAGAAUGAGCUUAAGCGGAAGGUGCAGCAGACACAUCGUGCAGCCCUGGGCUCCUCAGCUUUAAGCUCUGAGGACGAGGACGGUUUCUAUGACGCAAACAUCACCUCCAUCCUGAACGAGAGCCACCUACAGACCACCAACUGCUAGAGGAGGACGAGGGCAAGCAGAAAAAGAGCUGCUUUUGUUUUUCAGUGCAUAAACUUAUAGUCAGAGGAUGGUACUCAGGGCAUCACGGACUCGCUUGUGUGAAGAACUCAGUUGCCAUGCACUUCAAACUUGCCUUGCAGUAGUUCUCAGUUUUUAUUUUUAGUGCAGCAGUCCAACAGAGACAGGUUGUCAGGAUAAUUAGAUUGCAUCUUUGAGCCUUCAGCUGUGAUUGUGAUUGCUUCACUACUUUCAUGUUUUAUCUGUCUUUUGUUUCUCUGUUAUGUUGAAGAGAAGAGGUACUAUUACACUCAAAUAAAAGGGUUUACUUCA